CGCUUCCCCUGCUGCCCUGAUCAGACAUGGCCGCCCGGGUUACGUCACGGCGGAUCAGGAGGAAGAGAGUGACGAACCCUGUGCGACGAGCAGGCUGCCCAGCGCUGCGUGUGUCCCACGUGUGCUGCCGGCGAGGAGAUGAAGAGGAAACGGAGCCAGAAAGGCCGUGCCGAGGGGACUAUCAUGGAUACGGAUCCCAAAGAGUCGGGUGACCCUCCGGGGCCCAAAGCGAAAAAGAAAGGUGCAGUGAAGAGAGCGGGGAAGGCUAAUACUCCGAAGCCGGCGAAGCUGAAGAAGACCAAUGAGAGCAAGCCCCUGACUACGGAGGAGCUGGUGCGGAUGAAGGAGACGGAGCAGCUGUACCACACCAGCCUCCUGCGCAUGCAGAUUGAGGAGUUGCUGCAGGAAGUUAAGCUGAAGGAGAAGAGGAGGAAGAACAUCGAUGCCUUCCUGCAGGAGAUCAGUGACCUUAUCGGGAAGAUCCCCAAGACCCAGGAGGCAGACCUGGUGGACCAGUCCUGGAUCCCCAAAUCUGUGAAGGUUCCCUUCCUGCAGGUUCCAUACCAAGUAAAGGGCAAGUUCCACUUCCUGCCCCCGUCCUCCAUCAAGGUGGUGGGCAGUUACCUGCUGGGGACAUGUAUCAAGCCAGAGAUCAACGUGGAUGUGGCGGUCACCAUGCCACGGGAAAUUCUUCAAGAGAAAGAUAACCUGAACCAGCGAUACCUGCGGAAGAGGGCGCUGUACCUGACGCACAUUGCGAGUCACCUGGCCAAAAGCGAGAUCUUUGGCAGCGUGAAAUUCGCCUACAUGAACAGCAACCAUCUGAAGCCUGUGCUGUUGCUGCGGCCCUGUGGUAAAGAUGAGAAGCUGGUGACUGUUCGUGUCCACGUUUCUCUCCCCCCUGGGAUGUUUAAAUACAGCCGACUGUUCCCCAACAAGAACAAUGUGCGGAAAGCUUGGUACUCUAGCGAGAAGACCGCUCAGAAAGAAAGCGCCAGUGAGCCACCCACGCCCCACUAUAACAAUGUCCUGCUGUGUGACCUGGUUCUGGAGCAACAUCUACAUCACCUUUCCAGCUGCGCCAGCGAGUUCCCGGGCAUGAAAGACGGAAUCGCUAUUCUUAAAGUCUGGCUGCGCCAGCGGCAACUUGACAAGGGUUACGGCUGCUUUAAUGGCUUUGUGGCUUCCAUGCUCGUGGCCUAUCUGCUCUCCAGGAACAAGGUCAACAAGGCGAUGAAUGGACACCAGGUGCUGCGGAACACGCUGCAGUUCCUGGCGAACACAGAUCUGACAGUCACCGGAAUCACAAUGUCCAAAUCCACAGACACGUCUUCGCCCACAGUUGCUGAUUUUCAUCAGGCGUUUGAAGUCGUUUUCGUUGAUCCCCUGGGCAUUGUGAAUCUAUGUGCGGACAUGACGGCUGCCAAAUACAGACAGGUUCAAUUUGAAGCAAAGGAGUCUCUAAAGGUUCUAGAUGACACCAGCUCCAAUGGGUUCCUCCUUCUCCUCAUUGUCUCCAAACCCUUUGUGAGAACAUUUGACCACAUCUUCCACAUAACGCACGUCUCCAAGCUGCAAGAUGCCUGCCGGAAGAUGAAGCUGAAGGAUGAGCUCUUGGACCGGGGAGGGGAUUAUGUGUCUGUCUCCCUGCCCUUCAUAAUGUCUGUUCUCCAGAGAGGCCUUGACCAGCGGAUAGUGCUCCUGUCACACACAUUGCCGCAGAGGCCGGAGUGGGGGAUAAAAGAGAAUCCGGCAAAGCACAAUGACGUUGGCCCCUUGUCUGUUGGGCUCCUGCUUACUGCAGGGUUUUACACCAGCACCCUGGAAAAAGGGCCGGCGGCGGACAGCCCAGAGGCUGCGGACUUCCGAAAUUUCUGGGGAAAGAAGUCCGAGCUGAGGCGGUUUCAGGAUGCGUCUAUAUGUGAGGCGGUGGUGUGGCCGGCGGACACCGUGCAGGAGAAACGUCGGAUUCCGGAACUAGUAGUAAAGCACCUUCUGCAGCUACAUGGCGAUAUACCGGAUUCUGCCAUCAGCUAUACCGGUAACCUCCUGGACUGCGUCCUAAUCAAGGGGAAAAAGGCCGGUACAGGGGAGGAGCAGAUGGUCCGUGUUGUUCAGUCCUACGAUGAUCUGAGCAGGAAACUUUGGGCCCUGGAGAAUCUGCCCCUGAGUGUCACCUCUGUCCAGGGUACUCACCCAUCACUCCGCUACACAGAUGUGUUUCCUCCUGUCCCGGUGAAGCCAGAGUGGAGCUUCUUUGAGACGAUGCCUGAUAGAUCUCUCGUCCCCUUGUUGAAUAAGCCCAGCCCGGCCUACGCCCCCGCUAUGAAAGUGAUCUGCCACAUGGAAGGGAGCGGGAAGUGGCCGCAGGACAAAGACGCCAUCAAGCGCGUGAAGGCUGCCUUCCAGAUCAAGCUGGGGGAGCUGUUGAAAGAUCAGCAUGAGUUACUGUGCAAAGCCACUACCACUUACACCGACGUAUAUAAGGAUGGCUACAUUUUCCGCCUGCAAGUUGCCUAUCACAGAGAGGCGCAGUUCGUCAAGGAGCACGUGACUCCGGAGGGAAUGCGGAAGUCACAGGAGACAGAUGAGUCCCUGCAACUCGAGCUGGAGACCGUCCACCUGCCGCACCUGACCAGCACGCUACACGGUCUCCAACAGCAGCUGCCAGCAUUCGGGGGCACCUCGCGCCUCGCCAAGCGAUGGAUCAGCGCUCAGCUCCUCGGUGACUGUGUCUCAGAGGAGUGUGUGGAUCUCCUUGUGGCGCAUCUCUUCCUGCAUCCGGCUCCGUUCACGGCACCAAGCUCUCCUCAGGUGGGAUUCCUGCGCUUCCUCAACCUCUUGGCUACAUUUGACUGGAAAAACAGCCCCCUCAUUGUGAAUCUGAACGGAGAUCUGGCAGACGCCGAGAUCACGGAGAUUCAGAAUGACUUCACGACGGCGCGCGCUCAGCUCCCAGUAUUGUUCAUCGCAACCCCAAAGGACAAGACGUCAGUGUGGAGCAAGAGGCAACCGUCUGCCCAGAUAUUGCAGCAUCUCAUCAUUCUCGCCGCCGAGUCCCUUCUGACCCUGGAGAAACAGCUGAUGACGCCGUCUGAGAUCAGCGACAUAAAGGUGGUUUUCCGGCCUCCGCUGGACCUUUACGAUGUUCUGAUCCACUUAAACCCAAAGCACAUUCCCCGCCACAGAGAGGCUGUGGACCAAGCAGCGAAGUCGUUUCUCCGCGGGGUCUUGAGGGAGGAAGCAGCGGUCAAGGCGUUGCGCUUCCCUGUGGUGAAUUAUGAUCCAGUCCAGCUGUACCUGAAUGAACUCAGGGAAUCCUAUGGGGAGUUUGCGCUGUUUCUGUACGAUACGUUCGGAGGAGAAGUGAUCGGAGUUAUUUGGAAUCCAACCAGCUUUACGCCACAGCCCUUUAAAACGACCAACAUCAGCGGAAGGAUAAUAGACCGUAAAAGUAACAACUUGUUACUGGUGCCCAAUGUAGAGGCCAUGUUGGAGGACUUUGAGAUUUUGGGGAGGGGUUUGGUCAGUAAAAUUGAGCCCCGAACUGAGAGAUGGAAUAUCUGAUAUGGACACUGUGGCUUGGAAAUCCAGUAAGGAGGACUAGAUCACCCCGCGGUGCAAUGGAGCAAUUCUACUGUGCUAUUGUAGAACCGCGGACUAAAGACCCCAAACGCUAUGGAACAAUCCUACUCCCGGUAAUACAGGACCGCAGACUAAAGACCCCACAGCGCUAUGGAACAAUCCCACUCCUGGUAAUACAGGACCGCAGACUAAAGACCCCACAGCGCUAUGGAACAAUCCCACUCCUGGUAAUACAGGACCGCAGACUAAAGACCCCACAACGCUAUGGAACAAUCCUACUGCAUUAUUGCAGGACCGCGGACUAAAGACCCCACAACGCUAUGGAACAAUCCCACUCCCGGUAUUGCAGGACCGCGGAAUAAAGACCCCACAACGCUAUGGAACAAUCCUGCUGCAUUAUUGCAGGACUGGGAAGGUGUUCUAGCAAAUAAUUCCUGGAAAGAAUAAUUUUUAUACUGCUUUGUAAUGAUUACUGCAGGAGGAGCGGAGAUACAGGUAUAAAAUGUUCUAGAAAAUACCUGAGGGUGCGGAGGAGAAAUAGAACUCCCGAUCAUCCGCAUACAAUAAACGUCCAGCUUCUCCGCA